AAUGGAGCUCUGGAACUCCACCUUGGGAAGUGGCUUCAUCUUGGUGGGGAUUCUGGAUGACAGUGGCUCUCCUGAACUGCUCUGUGCCACAGUUGCUGCCCUGUACUUGUUGGCACUAAUCAGCAAUGGACUGCUGCUCCUGGUCACCACCAUGGAUGUCUAUCUUCACGUGCCCAUGUACUUCCUGCUUGGGCAGCUCUCUCUCAUGGACCUUCUCCUCACAUCAGUUAUCAGCCCUAAGGCUGUCAUGGAUUUUCUGCUCAAAGACAACACCAUCUCUUUUGGUGGUUGUGCCCUUCAGAUGUUCCUGGAACUGGCUCUGGGUAGUUCAGAGGAUCUCAUUCUGGCCUUUAUGGCCUAUGACAGGUAUGUGGCCAUUUGUCAUCCAUUGAACUACAUGAUCUUCAUGAGGCCAAGUGUUUGCUGGCUCAUGGUGGCCAUAUCCUGGAUUCCAGCUUCCCUCAGUGCUCUAGGAUAUACCGUCUACACCAUGCAGUAUCCAUUCUGCAAAUCCCGCCAAAUCAGACACCUGUUCUGUGAGAUCCCUCCACUGCUGAAGCUGGCCUGUGCAGACACCUCCACAUAUGAGCUCAUGGUUUAUUUGAUGGGUGUGACCUUGCUCAUUCCCCCUCUUGCUGCCAUCCUGGCCUCCUACACACUAAUUCUGUACACUGUCCUCACAAUGCCCUCAACUGAGGGCAGGAAGAAAGCUCUUAUUACUUGUUCUUCCCACUUGACUGUGGUUGGGAUGUACUAUGGGCCUCUCACAGUCAUGUACAUCCUGCCUAGUUCCUAUCACAGUUCCAAGCAAGAAAACAUCCUCUCUUUUUUGUACACAAUCGUCACCCCAGCCCUGAACCCUUUAAUCUACAGCCUGAGGAAUAAGGAGGUCAGCGGGGCUUUGAAGAGAGUCCUGGGUAAACGGUUAUUGUCAACACACUCUAACUUUUAG